AUGGAUCUCUCGAUUUUCUCGAAGAAAUAUUUCUCGAAAUAUUAUUUCGACCAACCUCAAGAUUUGGCACGCAUCCUCGACGAGAUUUCAACCGAGUCUCGCGCCAUCAGCAUGCGUCCCUUUCUCGAGAGGAUGGCGAAACAUCUGCUGCACCUUCUAGAGUUGGAUCCUACCUCAUUCGACGACCGUCGCUCAUUCUGGUUGGACCCCAACGCGACUAUGAUAUUUGAAAGCGACCCUGGCCGUUCGAUCGAGGACGGUUGGAAUAUGUUUGUUGGCAAAAAGGAAAUCCAGGAGUUCUUCAUUAAGCUUGAUGAAUCGAUCAGACGUCGGUUCGAAACCACACACCUCGAUUUCAUUCUGGUCGUCGCAGACCGAGGUCGCAUCACUUCUCUCUACAAGCGCCACAGGAAUAAUAAACACGGAUCGGACGAGGAUAUUGACCUUAUCCUUGUGAUUAUGGAUCUCAACGCGUCCAACAACAUUGAGCGCCUGCAGUAUCGUUAUCUGGAGGAGAGCGAGUGGGAAAGGUCAUCGGAAUCGAUGAAGAAGCGUGGUCUGAUUAUUCCGAAGCGGGAAGAAUGA